AUGUCGGGAACGCACCAUCUUUACACGCAGUCGGGUCGUCCGAUGCCGCCGCCGCCGAAGCGGACCCCAAAGCGGCAUUCCAGUGUGUGCCGAACGCCAACACGUCGCUACAACCCCGCAGAGCGGAAGCAUACAUCAACUCUCGAGAACUUCCGCAGUGACACACGUAACCGCCAGCUGGUGGUGGCGCGUAACGAGCGGGAACGGAGCCCAGAUAGGAUCGGAGCCGGUCGCACCCGUUUACUGCUCGAAGACGGCAGUCAAAUGCGGCGACGCCAAGUGAGCGAAAAGGCUCAGUCAUCAGGAUUGUCUCGCGCGGCAGGCACUCCAGAGGAUCGGCCGGGAGACUGGCAUGUAUCAGCAGUGGCCGACGAUCGUCUGCAUCACAGCAGCGCACGAUGGGACAACAUCAAUAAUAACGCCAUCAUCGGUGGUUCUGCCGUAAGCCCGCGCCCCGCACGAUCAAUGUCACCGCAUGGGAGUGAGUAUUAUGAUCAACAGUCUCUCACCAUGCGCUUGCGCCGCUCCUUGUCGCGCGGCUAUAGCCCCCAGCGAGGACGCCAGAAUAAGGCAGUUGUGGGCACUGAGCUCAUGGCACCAAUGCCCUGCCUUCAAGGUGCACAUCGGACCUCGAAGAACCGAGACCGGACGACAAUAGAGCGCUUCAUAAAAUGUCAGCCGGUUGAAUCGCAGGAUGAAAUGCGGGUUAUGCUGGAAGAGUACAAGGGCCGGGAGAAGGAGCUAUGUGAAGCGCUAACUGACGCUUACGGAGAUUCCUGGGAAGCGGCUGUGAAGGGUGGGAGCGUGAACAAUAACAACAACAACACUCAGAGCAACACUAGUGUUGCCAGUGCCACGUAUCACCGACAGCAGGACUCAGUGGCAAACAAAGGUGCGAAUGGUGCCGGGAACGGUGGGAUCUAUUUCGACCCCGGUUUCCGAAGUACCAGCUUCGAUGAAAAGAAUGCCGACCGCAACUGGCAGCGCUCUCCAAAAACAAAUAACAGUCUCCGGUCGACACCAUCACGGCCUCAAGACAACAGGACGAGUGCCCAUCGUCCACAGCCGCUGUACGACGUUGGUACACCUUAUCGUGAUGAGAAUGCAAAUCGGCACCAAAGUCUUGAGAAGGAACGCUACGAUGAUGACGUAAGCCCGCAGCCCCGCCGUUUGCCUGGUGGUGGAAGCACGGGGCCUCGCGUCGGUACACUCCUCGACUACAGAGAAAAGUCGCCACGCUCCACUGGCAUGAUGACGCCGCCCCUUCCACCGGAUCUUGUUCCCCGCUAG